AUGGCACACUUCACAGAGCAUUCGAAGGACAUGCGGAAUGGCAGCCUUUUCUUCUUGAAGAAGCUGACCAUGUCAAUCUUUAGCUCAUCUGCUGGAGAGGAGGCAUGGCAAUCGGUUACAUACCUUGAUGAUGAGUCUGGCUCCUCCGAGGUUCCCUCCCUUCUGCGUCUCACAAUCGAGGAGGCUGCCGAAGGUCUCCAGUCCGGUCAUUUCACGUCCGUUGAUCUUGCCAAGGCGUAUCUUGCCAGAAUCAACGAGGUUUCCGACUUCAACGCAGUGUUGCAAGUCAAUCCCGAUGUUCUCUCAGCCGCGCGGCAGCUAGAUGAGGAGCGAUCCUCUCACGGCAUUCCAAUUCUCGUCAAAGACAAUAUUGCAACGAAGGACAAACUGGAUGUAUCUGCCAAUUCGUAUGCGCUCCUUGGAGCCAAGCCGGCGACCGAGGCUUCGGUGAUCUCCAAACUCCGGGACGCUGGCGUCUUUAUUCUGGGAAAGACGAAUAUGUCUGAGUGGGCCAACUUCAGAGGCCUGAAUGUCAGUUUCGGAUGGAGCCCUAGAGGCGGCCAAACAAUGGGCACCUACUACCCUGGCUCUACACCCGAGGGGAGUAGUGCUGGUUCUGCGGUCGCCACAGCUCUUGGAUUGUCCACUGCUGCCAUCGGCACAGAGACGUUUGGCAGCAUCUUGGAACCAGCCGAGCUCAACAGCGUCGUAGGACUGAAACCUACUCGUGGCCUCAUCGGAAACGAUGGUGCCAUUCCCAUUUCGGGUCGGCAGGAUGUCCUCGGCCCGCUCACAAGAACCGUCAAGGACGCCGCAUACAUGCUCAAUGGCAUGGCUGGACGCAGGACCGACCUGAGCGGCAUUACAAUCGGAGUCCCGCGGAACACUUUCACUGCCGAUCCGACGUCGCCGAUCAUGGUGUCCUUUAAGUCAGCCUUGAAGACGCUGAGCUCUGCCGGAGCCAAAGUGGUUGACAAUGCCAAUUUCUCUGAAGCCGACGGCUUCAAGAAGCUCAACCAGCAAGACAAGGGCAUCGUACGCUCAUCGGAGCUCAGGAGGGACAUUGUUCAGUAUCUCCAGACACUGGAGACGAAUCCAAACAAUAUUUCCUCUGCGGAAGAUAUCAUCGAGUUCACAAAAGCCUCUCCUGCCGAGGAAUAUCCGGAAAGAGACAUCGGGAAAUUCUUGUGGACCCAAGCCGAAGGAAUCGACGUGAAUAGCGAUAAGUACAAGACCAUGGUGGAACAAGAGCGUUUCUACGGAGGCGAAGGAGGCAUCCUCGGGGCGAUCGACAAGUACAAGCUUGAUUUUCUCAUCGUGCCAUCCUCUUUGGGUAUUGGAAACGACCUUGCUGCAAAGAUGGGAUUCCCAGUGCUCGGCGUCCCCUUGGGGUUCUACCCCGAGGAUAUACCCAUCGAACUUGACCACUGCAAGCCAAAUCUGGUCAGAGUGGCGCCUGGGAUGCUGUUCGUUUAACCCCUCUACCAUUCAUGUCCCGAAACGCGAUACUGACUCGGUUGUCUAGGUGUUCACUGACCUUCAUCUCCAAAGCCUUCUCCGACGGGGUUUUGCUCCAGGUGGCAUACGCAUUUGAGCAAUUGCGUGCCGUGCGAGAGAAUGGACCAUUGCCAUUCAAAGUGCCAAAAAACGGAUCUUAAGGACGUUCAGCAGUAAAGUGUUGAGCGGUGAUUGGGCGGCUCUUGGGUUUAGCAUUGGCCGAUGGCAAUGUUCGAUGCGCAAUUGCAUCAUGAUACCCGACCUAGCUGGCUCUGGACUCUUUGGGUCAAUUGACUCUGUCUCCAUGUACUCCAGGUGCUUUCGAUGCCUUAGCUACUCGCAAGUCUAGUAGAGAUAAAUGGAGGUGAAUGCGUCGUGAUAAUUUUCCAUGGAGGGAAACCUGAGUCUACGUGAAUUCGGU